AUGGAAGCGUAUUUUAUCUUACAAGGAAUUGUUGAGGUUGUUAUAGUAAUUAAGAAUAUAUCAUAUCAAGUCAAAGCAAAUAAAAAACAAUGUCAGCGUUUAGUUGAUCGUAUUUAUGCUAUCAUAGCUCCACUUCAAACACUUGAGAAUCAUGAAUUAACCAGUCGUCCAAAUAUAGAAAAGAUCCUAAACGGAUUAUCAUCCUGUAUCGAUGACUGUUACAACUUAAUAUUAAAAUUUACAACCGAUAAUUGGUUUAAAAAAGUAUUUAAACAUAACGGUUAUAAACAAGAAUUUGAUGAAUUAAAUCGUCAUUUAUCGCAAUACGCAAAUGAUUUAAAUCUAGGGUUAAAUAUACAACAGUUAUUUGAUCGUCAACAAGAUGAACAAGAUCAAGAAACAGACUUAGCUGAUAUAAACACAAAAUUAGAUGAUAUAACCACGCUACUAACAAAACAACAAGAAAUGCAACUGCAGUUACCUAUGCAUGUAGAUGAAAUGUUAAAUAGACGAUUCAAAUCAUUGAAGUAUAGUUUACAACAAAAUAUUUUAAAAACUAAUAAUGCUGACUAUAAUAAUGAAGAAGAAAAAAGAAAGAAAGAAGAACAAUUUUUACAUAUACCAAUGUAUGAUUUACUCAUG